UCCUCGUCCUCCUCUCUGUAGCCUCCUCCCCCUUCUCUCCUUCCUCAUCAUCAGCCUCCAAGAUAGAGUCCCUCAGGAGCAAGGUUGACCUGCUGAAGCUGCCCCUGGUUCUCUCCCCCAGGUCCAUCUCCGAGCGAAAGAGCCAGCUGGCAGGAGUCGGCGAGCCGCGCGGCACCGGGGCAGGAGGCGGGGCUCGGAAAGCCCGCUCACCGCCGUCCCGAGACAUGGACAACGAGUCGCAGUAUUCUGGCUACUCGUACAAGUCGUCCCACUCCAGAAGCUCUCGCAAGCACAGGGAUCGAAGGGACCGCCAUCGCUCCAAGAGUCGAGACUCCAGCAGCCGUGGAGACAAAUCCGUCACCAUACAGACUCCCGCGGAGCCGCUUCUUGAUGCAGAGUCGACCCGCGGAGAUGACCGGGACGAUAACUGGGGAGAGACCACCACCGUGGUCACCGGCACCUCAGAGCACAGCAUCUCCAACGAGGACCUGACCCGCCUCACCAAAGAUCUGGAGGAGUCGACACCGUUGGAGUGCAAGCGUUUCGUCGGCCCGGCGCUGGGAGGAUGCCUGAGUUUCUUCGCUCUGGUCACACCUCUAGCCUUCCUCAUCCUCCCGCAGGUCCUGUGGCGGGACGCCCUCAACCCCUGCGGCACGCCGUGCGAAGGCCUCUACGUCUCCCUGGCCUUCAAGCUGCUGGUCCUGCUCAUCUCCUCCUGGGCGCUGUUUCUUCGCCCUCCCCGGGCCACCCUCCCUCGUUUCUUCGUCUUCCGCUGCCUGCUGAUGGUGCUGGUGUUCCUGUUCGUGGCGUCGUACUGGUUGUUCUACGGCGUGCGGGUGCUGGAGCCCAGGGAGCCGGACUACAGGGGGAUCGUGGAGUACGCUGCCUCGCUGGUCGAUGCCCUGCUCUUCAUCCAGUACCUGGCUCUGGUUCUGCUGGAGGUCCGACACCUGCAGCCGGCCUUCUGCCUUAAGGUGGUCCGGAGCACGGACGGAGCCAGCAGGUUCUACAACGUGGGUCACCUCAGCAUCCAGCGUGCAGCUGUGUGGGUGUUGGACCACUAUUACAGCGACUUCUCCGUCUACAACCCCGCCACUGUCAAUCUCCCCAAAUCCAUCCUAUCCAAGAAGAUGACCGGCUUCAAGGUUUACUCUCUGGACGAAAACGCCACCAAUAACUCCACGGGCCAAUCACGGGCCAUGAUAGCAGCUGCUGCCAGGCGGAGAGACAACUCCCACAAUGAGUACUACUACGAGGAGGCAGAGAUGGAGCGCAGGAUCCGCAAACGCAAGGCCAGGCUGGUUGUAGCGGUGGAGGAGGCCUUCACGCACAUCAAGCGUCUCCAUGACGACGAGGCCGCCUCGUCUCCGAAGCACCCCAGAGAGGUGAUGGACCCUCGGGAGGCAGCUCAGGCCAUCUUCGCCCCGAUGGCCCGGGCCAUGCAGAAGUACCUGAGGACCACUCGGCAGCAGGGCUUCCACAGCAUGGAGAGCAUCCUCACCCACCUGCAGUUCUGCAUCACGCACAACAUGACGCCCAAA